CCGAGCCGGACGCGGGCUGAACCCCAGGAGCCGAAUUGGGACGCGGCCCCGCCCCCCUGGGCCUCGCCCUGGGAAACCCCGGGGCCGCCAGCCGGCAGGAAGCAGGGCUUCGCGCACCGGGGGCCAGACAGUGAACUCGCUGCAGGGAGAUACGUGCCAUCCAUUCCCAGGUCUGGUCUAGAGGAAGUGGAAUUCUACCAAUCAGAGGCCGAGGGACUCCUGGAUUGCCACAAAUGCAGAUACCUGUGCACUGGGAGAGCCUGCUGCCAGCUGCUGGCGGUUCUCCUGAGCGUGCUGAUCCUGGCCUGCAGCUCUGUGUCUUACAGUUCCACAGGGGGCUACACGGGCAUCACCAGCCUGGGGGGCAUUUACUACUACCAGUUCGGAGGGGCUUACAGUGGUUUUGAUGGUGCCGAUGGAGAGAAAGCCCAGCAGCUGGAUGUCCAGUUCUACCAGCUGAAGCUGCCCACAGUCACUGCAGCAAUGGCCUACAGCGGAGCCCUCCUGGCCUACAGCUGCCUCCUCAUCGCCAUGGGUGUCCUGCGGGUCCCAUGGCACUGCCCACUGUGCCUGGUGACUGAAGCCUUGCUGGACAUGCUGAUUGCUGUAGCAUACAUCCCAGCUUUGUAUUUCUAUUUCAGCCACCUCUUUGCUGCCUACAACUCCGCUCUGUGUAAAGAGAGGGAAGCACUGUACCAAAGCAAGGGCUACAGCGGCUUCAGCUGCAGUUUCCAUGGGGGAGACAUAGGAGCCGCCAUCUUUGCUGCCCUGGGCAUCGUGGCCUUUGCCUUUGGGGCUGUCCUGGCCAUCAAGGGUUACCGAAAAGUAAGGAAGUUGAAACACAAGCCAGCAGAAAUGAUUGAGUUUUAAGGGUUUUUUCCCCAAUGUUCUGACAAUGGAAGCGAUGGCAGUGGCCCCACGCUGCUCUCUUUCACAAGAAUACUUCAUCGGGGAUGUUGCCCACCCUUGAAAGUGACCAGCCAACUGUGCUAUGGGGGCAGAGCGCGGUUGCACGGAGCAGCAUUCUUCGGUUUCUGUAGUCCUCGGAGCCCACGGCCCACAAGACGAAGACACCUGCUGUGCCAAGGCCCCCUCUUGAUGAAACAAAGGGAAAUCAAGUGAGGGCGUUUGAAGAACCUUCCCUUCAAAGAUUAUGAAAAGCACGAGACACUUGUUUUGGCCUGAACUCUCCGUUUCUUCCACUUCCUCAGAACUGUGCCUGGAGGCGGCGAGGGUUUCUGGGGCGAUUACUCUUGUAACGUUCAAGUUGGAGGUAGGUGUGGGCUGAGGAAAGAGGAAUCAGAUUAAUUCACUGCAAACGAGCUAGUCUAAGGCCCCUUAUAAUUGCCUUGAAAGCUCAAUAAGUGUUUUGUACCUCUUGUAAAUGUACCAUUGUACAAAGAAUUAAGCCUGGCAUCUGGAAUUCAGGACCCAUCCAGAAUAAAAGAAUUGAAAAUCUUUCCCAAUGGAACAGCCUGUUACUUUUGGUCAGACAUUAAGUUGUG